AUGUCUUCCAUUUCUUUUCUACCAAUCCUAAUAAGUCUUCUCGCCACUGGACUCCAGGUAUCAGCAAUUACAGCAUCGUCAAUAACGUCAACAUAUGGUCUAACAGAUUCAUUCAAUUUUACAUUCCCAGACCAAACUUUGAACAGUGCAGAUGCAAAUACUUGGCUAGUUGAUAAUUGGAGCUUAUAUUAUAAAAAAGGUGUUGAUUGGGGUAAUUCCGAUAUUGUAUUUUCACCUGAUCCAUCAACAUCUACGUCUACCGUAGUACGAAGACAAGACUCAUCCACAUCUUCAACAAAAACAAAAACAAAAACAUCUUCUGCGACUUCCUCAACUUCAACAUCAACAACAUCUACAACAGUGGCCUACCCUUCUUCGACAGCACUCAAUGGGGAAUCACCAGCAUUGAGAAUCGAAUAUCCUCAAGGAUCAUAUAGCAAGAGAACAGGUGGAACACAAUUUUAUGCUAAUCCUUUGAAUACGACCGACGCCAAAGUGACAAGUGGUAAUGCUACCUCAGAUGGUCAAUACGAAAGAAUGAUGAUGAGUUAUGACGUUUGGUUUCCUACUGGAUAUGCCUGGAAUCAAGGUGGGAAAUUACCAGGACUACGAGGAGGUCCAGACACGAAAGGAUGCUCAGGAGGUAAUGAAACGGACGGUUCUACAUGUUUCAGUACCAGAUUAAUGUGGAGACCUAACGGUGCUGGUGAAGUUUACGCAUACAUCCCUACUUCACAAAAGAAUUUCUGUUCUCAGUCUCAAGUCACCUGUAAUUCAGAUUAUGGCACUUCUCUCGCUAGAGGUUCUUUCUCAUUCGUAACUGGACAAUGGCAAACUAUACAAUUAUUAGUUGUCCUAAAUGAAGUUGGAACUGCCAAUGGUGUUGUAGAGUUAUGGUAUAACGGGGUUCAAGCUUUACAAUUCAACAAUCUGGUACUUCGGACUUCUGCAAACUUAGCUUCAGUAGGAGGAUUAUUCUUUUCGACCUUUUUCGGAGGUGAUGAUUCAUCUUGGGCAACCCCUACCGAUCAAUUUGUCUAUUUCAGAAAUAUCCAGUUGUUCGCGGGAGCGGGUGCCAGUAGUUUAUCAGGUGAUAAAGCUACCCAAAAGUCUCAUGCGAGCGUCAAUGCCAAUAUAGGUAAAUGGACCGUAUUGGGUGGCAUCUUUUUCGGUUUGAUGGGCUUCUUGAUAGUGUAA